AUGAGGGCGGCGUCCACUGAGAUCGAGAACCACCGACCGCGCACACAUCCCGGAACGGUUGCGAAACAGCUUGGCCCGAAAUCAAGUCGACGACGACGUCGGCAAAGUAGGACGAACCACGAGCGAACACAUCCACCGCAACUGAUCGCCAAUCGAGAACGGCUCGGCGCCCCAAGGCACGAACGGGAGGACGACAAGCGGGCCCGACAGCUUGAGGACGCACAGAACGGGACGUACGAUCAAGCAGGCACGGAGGGCGGUCAGCCUGAUCAGCCUGUCGUCGACGAGCCAGUCUCAAGAAAGCACCGGCAAGACGAGCACAAACCGAGGGCGCAAACAAGUCCUGAUUCUGCCGACGAACGACUUCGAGGUGGCCGAGCAGGCCGAGCGCGAAAGAAAACAAAACAACGCCCCCAAAUCAGAUCGGGGGCGUUUUUGGGACACUUGAGUCAUUGGAGUUUCGGCGCUCGGGGUUGGACGUGCGGAAGGCCGGCAGUCCGGAGAGGAGCUUUCGGUUCGCGAGGCACGCGUGGAGACGCGGCAGGAAAGCGUCGGAGAUCAGACGCCGGCGCAUUGGAGAGGAGGCACGCGCAUCGCAACGGCUCGUCGGUCAACAGCCCACCCGCCAGGGUUGCCGUAAGGCGUGUUACGUCACGCGCGCACGAUGAGCAGGCAGCGCGUCGAGCUGAGCGAGGACUGUGCAAAGAAGAAGUGAUGGGCCCAUCGCGUGUGUGAGUAGUGCACUAGUAAUAAGAAGAUGAAUAGAAAGAGGUUGGCGUAGGUUUUAGGCUUUAGAGAGCAAGAGGCAGAUCUAGAACGAUGAAUCGAAGCAUGUAAUCGCGCGAAUAAAUUUGGCACUACAUUCAGAAUUCGCUGUAUUUGUUAUUUGUGGUUGGCUAGUCGGGACACUGGGCUAUUUCGCUACCCGGUGCACCCUAAUUAUCUACAAAGUGUUUGGCCCAAAACCUCACCAAACCCCGAAUCCAAGAUGUGACGCGACCCGUGUCGAGGGAUGCAUGGCUAGGGGGGUUCAACAAAUUCCCAGUCGAUAACGGAGCCUGUGGGGCACAGGGGCGCACCCCACACGUAAUUUGCCCUUACUGCGUCACGGCAGGGCACUGGCGCAGCGGACCGUAUUUCCCUAGCGACUCGUGGGAUUCAAAAUGAAGACAAGUGAAACAAACCAACAAAAGGGUCCCGAUGCGCCCCAAGCAUCGGAAAACACGGAGGUAGAAGAGGACGCAAACGUCGAAAUGGCAGGAGGCGAGUCAAACGGCGGCAACACAGCAAGCGGAGGGGCGAGCGCAUUCCGUGGAAGCGGGAAGGUGAUGAGAUCCCCAGUGUUGAACCAGGCGGCUGCUUCGAGUCAGCAGAUAGGAGUAAUUGGAGGGGAAACUCCCAAGUCAUCCGUACUGAACUUCGCCGGCGGUACCCCUCAGGAUGGAGUCCUGCUCGGAAGGACCGCGUUGCAGGAGGUCAGGAGGAGGGUCAACGAACUCUUUGAUUUCAUCAAGGACAAAAACAACGUCCACACCAGAAUCAAACAGAUGGUGAAUGGAGUCAAGGCAGCCAUGAUUGCUGCAGAGCGCGAAAACAGUUCGCUGGUGGUGACGAGAACUUCACUGAAGCUGAGAGCUGAAAGAGCCGAAGAAGCGCUGGAGGCAAAACUGGAGGAGGAAGCGCUACGGGAGAAAGAACUGAAAACGCCGCCCGGCCCAAGCACAAAAGGGACAGGGAAACGCCUGGAGAGGAGGAGGACGCAAAGAAGCAGAAGCAAGGGAAUGGAGACAGUCUGGACCCAGCGAAGGAGCCAGAACCAGACCCAGGGAAGGAGAAGGAAUGGGAGAAGGUCAAGAAAAAGAAGCGGAAGAAAAAAGAGAAGCAGAACGAGGACACCCAAAAACCAAGUUUCGCAGGGAGCGUAACAAAGGCGAGGCUUUGGUGGUCGAGGUGAAGGAAGGUACGUCGUACGCAGACCUCCUCCGGAAAGUACGAACCGAUCCGGAACUCAAGGAGCUUGGCGAGAACGUGGUUAAAACCAGGCGCACCCAGACCGGCGCGAUGCUUUUUGAGCUGAAAAAUGAUCCCGCGGUCAAGAGCUCAGCUUUUAAGUCCCUCGUCGAGAAAGCCGUAGGCUACGAGUCGAAGGUGAGGGCGCUAUCGCCGGAGACAACGAUCGAGUGCAGGAACCUGGACGAGAUCACGACGGAGGAAGAUCUAGAAGA